AUUUUCUGGUGCUGGCAGCAGUGACUGGGGGGGGGGGGGUAGUAGUGACGUAGAUGAAGCCCUAACAGGAAAUGACAGGGUAACAGUAAAGCUUAUCACAAUGAUUCAUGCCAAACAUCACUCUAGCUAUUGUUUUCUAAAGGAAAAUAAAUCAAACUUGCUGUUAAAAGAGUCUGAGAGAGGGAUUACUGGUGAGUUACUCAUCAGUUUAUACAGCUGUAAACAUGUUUGUGUUGGAUCACACAGUUUAAGCUUGAAUUCUCACCUGUUAUUCAAAUGAGCUGAUGAUUCAAAUCUGGGUCAUUUAGUACUUUAAAUCUUCCUGAUAAUGUUGGUAAACCUUAAAAAACACAGACUGUACCUAAGUUAUUGGUGCAUUGCUGCUAGUAUAAGGAACCUAUAGAUGAUGGGAACUUAUUGCAUAUUUGAUGCAUGCCUCUUAAUGAUGCAACUAGCAUUCAUUUAAAGAUUAGGUAUAAUUUACAUCUAGCCAUUACAUUAUAUUUCUUUAAGAAGACUUACAGUACCCUCAAACUUGUAUUUUCUUGGAAAUACAUUUCCUGACCAUCCUGAAACCCUUAUUGGUCUCUAAUUCAAUAUUCAUGAUUUGACUAAAUAUAACUUUAAACCAGCACUGUACAAGCCCGCUAACACAGGCUGAGAGGAAACGCCCACUCAUCUGGAAGCUGGCUCAUGAGCUUUCUCAUCACUUUCAGUCCGCCUUUAACUUAGCUCCUUAUGCCAUGGGAAAAAAAUACACACACAUCUGGGAUGUGGUUACUGUAAUAGCUCUCGUCAUACAAUUCACGGACAACCUACAUCAGCAUUUUACCCUUGAAAAUCAACUACAUCAUACUGGUCCUCCAGCUUUGUCUGCAGCAAAGGAGGAAUCGGGAGCAACUUGUGGAUCAAGGCAUCAUGCCGCCUCUGAAGACACCUGCAACCUUUCAUGAGCAGAUCCGCAGUCUAGAGAGAGCCAGGACUGGGAACUUCUUAAAGCACAAACUCUGCAACAGACCUGAGCGUGCCGAGUUAAUCCGAAUGCACAUCCUCCAAGAGACGCCGGCUGAACCCUCCCUGCAGGCCAAACAGAUGAAGCUGAAGAGGGCCAGACUGGCUGAUGAUCUAAAUGAGAAGAUUGCACAGCGGCCUGGACCCAUGGAGCUGGUGGAGAAGAACAUCCUGCCUGUUGACUCAGCAGUGGAGGAGGUCAACGAAGAUAGCAAGACAAAUAAGCAACCAGAUAUUUACAACUUUGAUGAGGACGACAGUGACAGCUUUUCACCCAGACAGCCUGACAGCCAGCAAUCUCCCAGCUCUGCCUGCACUUCACCAGCAGGGUCUGAGGGAACUGAGACUAUGUCUAAUUCCUCUCAGAUGAACUCUCCCACACCGGCUGCACCAGCUAACUCACAGUCACGAUCAGAUGUGAUCAACGUUGUUUCUACCAAUGAGCAACAAGUAUUUUCAACUCUUCCAAUUAACACAAAUGUCCCAUCCCUGACACCAGGGCCAAUUCUUGUGAAGCAAAGCCUGCCCAAGCUGCCCAGUGAGAAGAGCCGCAGUAAGAGGAGCAAAGAGACCAAACCCCGGGUGAAAAAGUUAAAAUACCAUCAGUACAUUCCCCCUGACCAGAAGCAGGAGCUCAACGAAGUGCCAAUGGACUCAGCCUAUGCUCGCCUUCUGCAGCAGCAGCAGCAGUUUCUGCAGCUCCAGAUCUUAAGCCAGCAACAGCAGCAGUACAACUACCAAACUGUCCCUCCUGCAACACCAAAACCAGCGACUGAAGUGCAAUCCAGCUGCUCCAGUGUUGCUCUGAGUGGAAACUCUGCGUCGACUUCUGUGCAGCCUCGGCACAAUCAGACCAACCACAGGCCAGAUCAUUUACCCGCUAAUCUGGAUGAGAUGAAGGUCGCUGAACUGAAAAUGGAAUUAAAGCUCAGAUCAUUGCCCGUAUCCGGCCCUAAAACAGAUCUGAUCGAGAGGUUAAAGCUGUUUCAGGAGAACUCUAACAUCCAGACUGCUGCUGCCAGUGAGACAAUCCCAGCUGCCUGCCAGUCUGAAAUCACAAAAUUAACCCCGCCCGUGUCCCCUAUUGCCUCCAAGGUGUCUAGUCUGGGCAUCGAAGACUGUAACGUGGCAGAGAGCCCUAUAAAGAUAUCAGAGAGUGCAUCUCCACGUACAAACUCCCCCCAGAAAGCUCCACUAGAGGAGCGUCUCCCUGAGACUGGAUCCUAUAGUAAGGACUCUGAGAAGGACAAACGUCUUCAUGAGAAAGAGCGUCAGAUUGAGGAGCUGAUGAGAAGGCUGGAGCAGGAGCAGAAGCUGGUAGAGGAGCUGAAGAUGCUGCUGGAGGUGGAGAAGAGGAGUCAGCAGGGAGAUUCUCCUCAGCUCAGCCCUCUCACAUCCAUCCAAGUCAAAGAAGAAAACAUGAACUCGUCAGACUGCUGCAGUCCUUCUGGUCUGCCAGUCAUGAUCAAACAGGAGGAGGCUGCAGAUCAGAGCCAGUUAGCUCCACAAAACCAGUUCAUCAUCAGCCACCAGACUAAAAUCCUGCUGCCAGUUAAGACUGAAGCUCAGAUCCUUUUGCCUGCAUCUUUUCCUGCCAACAGCAUUAAAUUACACACUACUGUUAGCAGCGCAGCCACAGGCCUCCUCCAGACCUCUGGACAGACGCCACAGAAAACAGAGGCCUCAGCAGCGCUACAACAAUGCAGGACUCAGAGUGAGCCACUGACAAAGUCUUCCCCAAUCAGCCAUACCACUGUGACCAUGCAGCAGACAAAAUCCUCAAACCUUGUGUCAAAGUGUAAAGACCCACCCCGCUACGAGGAUGCAGUGAAACAGACACGCAGCAUGCAAACUGCUAUUCAGGGUCCCACUGCAGCCAGCCAGCAGAUGGACGAUCUGUUUGAUGUUCUGAUAGAGAGUGGAGAGAUCUCCCCCUUCACCAGACAGGACCCUCCCAUCCUGGGCAAGCCUCUCCCUGUUACAGCCAGUGUCACCACCCUUCCCAUCAACACGGUUCUGUCCCGCCCUCCACCUUUGGUCCAAGUGGCCCAGCUACCUACGUCACCUCUCAACCCCUCCACCAACUUGGCAGCCCUGGUCUCUGACCCCCAGCUGGAAACCCUCCUGGACAGCUAUCACACUGAACCACAAACACUGAAGCUGAUAGAGGAGCUGCACUCACCUGUGGUUGCCAUGGAGGUGGACUUGAAUGAAAGCACCAACAUGGACAAUAUGGAUUGGCUGGAUCUUACAUUAUCCGUGCCAGGAGGCGGGGUCAACCCUUUGGACAUGUCGACACCUGCGGGUGUCUUCUCCUCUGACUUCCUGAACUCACAUGAACUGCACUUGAACUGGGACUGAGUGCUAUCAAGGUGAAUUCAUCCACCUAGCUGAUCAUUUCAUACUGAAAAAAACUUUUUUAUAUAAUGAUGCCUGCUUUGGGACAUCUUUUUUUUGCUUUCAAACCAUCAGUAAUCUAGUUCAACCGUGCAAGUAAAGAAGAUGUUGCAUUGCCUUCUUUGUGGUCCUUGCGUCCUCUUCUGUCUAAGAGUCUGACAUAGAGAAGAAAGCAGCUCUAAUGCCAGUCCUAAGUUAUGUUUUAUAUCUCUUAUGGCUCUAUUUUUUUUUUUUUAGUUUGUCAUCCUAUCCUAAUGAAUGUACUGGAUUCUUUUAAUAAACAAAGAAGACCAGGGAGAUGUCCGCGUCCUGGUGAAAGAGCAAAUGGACAAACACUGUGGGAGCUGUUUUAUAGUUCACUCAGCGUGUGUUUUGGUGGAUUAUCACAUUCAAAGCAGACUGUGAAACAGAACUGCUUAAUGUUUUGGAGAGUACCAGGGCUUGACAUUAGCACCGGCAAACCAGCCAAUGCAGGUGGAUUUCAGCCAUGGCAGGUAGUGCAGUGACUCCCACUAGCUUUGCACAUAACCAGUUUUGCACAUAAAUGCCCGCCCCCCCAAAUAAAAGUGAAGUGCAUUUGUCUGUUUUCACCAUGGUGAAUGAGGAAAAAAACACUUCAAAGUUGUACAUUUACAUUUCAGAAGAUUGCAGGGCUAGUUAAAGGGAGUUUUAGCAUGUUACAGUCAACCUUAAUUGUACUGACUUUGUUUCCAACAAGAAAAUUGUGGCUUGGAAAAAUUCUGAAUGUUUAACAUUGGAAAACUACUGGCCACAGCGGCUGAUAAGCAAGAAAAAGUUAAUGUCAGGUCCUGGAGAGUAAUAUAUAAAUUGACUUGUAGCCAAGUAUCAAUGGACCACAAACUGUGGCCUUGCAGGCAAGACUAAACCAAAGAUAAAUUCAUAAUGUUCUGUCAUCGCUUAACAACAUCUCUUAACAUGUACAGAUCAACCAUAUCUUUGUCAUGAAUCAGAUCUGUACAUUGUGCAAAGUGCACAGCACAUUUGUGUUAACAGCGCAGUUCAACAAGUUACAAGAGUCAAUAGCCCUACUUCUCCAGGACUAUGUUAAUGAAUCCAAAAAAUAUAUAUUUAGAACAUCAACUGCUUUAAAUUGUUCUUAUUUAUCAUCUCAUUGUACUUGUUCCACUCAGAGAAGUGUGCACAGUAUUUCUUGAAGUAAACAAUAAACUACACCACAUUCAAUGUCUUAUUUUGCCCUUACUCAAAACACAAGUGAACAAUAGGAAAAAACGGGCUGUCAAAUUACACUUACUUAUCAAACGACAGGAACAAAAAGGGCAAAACACAAAGUUGGAGUCUAUGACCACAAUAUUCCAUCAUUAAAAAACACUUUGCCAUUAUUUCAUUUACUCUAAAUUUUUUAAUACAUUUUCCUAAUUGUAGUUGAUUCGUACAGCCCGUCGAAUCUUUCAAUAAACAGAACAAAAAUAAAUGGCUAUGUCAAAGUAACCCUUAUGCCAUGAAUAAGAAUUAGUAGACUGACUCUAUAGGGUUUAAAAUGAUUGAAAUUGAAUGAUCACAGUCUCUGUUCAACAGAACAAAAGCAAAGAGGCCCAUCAGUGUUAGCAGCCGUCAUAUCUGUUGGCUUGCAUUACAGUGCCAUCUGCUGGAAUCAUUUUAAUCUAACCAGCAUGUUUGAUUUUUUUUUUUUUUCCUCAAAUGGCAAAAGUUGACUUCUGGCAUUCAUAUCCUAAACAGCUUCACUGAUCUACAACUGAAUCUACUAAAAAAUCUGAAUGUCAUUCACAUCAUUGCUUCAUCUAAAAUAACCUCUGUGCUGUCAUCAGUUUGACUCCGCCGUUGCCUUUAAUUUAAAUCCUUAAAUUAAGUUUUACUUGUUUUUUCUUUAAUCAUUUAAGGCAUUUUCUUUGUUUCCUUUGUUUUCCUAUGCUGUCUUUUUUUUCCCUCUUACUUUCAUUCUCAUUUUCUCUCCUAAUGCAGGCCUCUUUAUGCUCAUCCAUCAUGUAAUCUCUCUUCUUCCUUCCAGAUCAGGGGUUCUCAACUGGUUGAGUCACGGGACCCACUAUCAAUUCCUCAAGGAGAACUGUGACCCAAAUCUUGGGGAAUUUUUUGGUCAAUCAGAUGUAUUCAAUAAAAAUAGUACAGCCUGGGCCUAAGAUAGUACAAAAAGUGUAAAAAAAAUGAAAUAGGACAAAGCAUGCAUGUUUUAAAGAGUCUCAUAGACAAUUUUGCGCAGUUUUUUUCCCAGGCACACAUCUAUGACCCACUGAAAAGGGCUUUGCAACCCACUUUUGGGUCUUGUUCCACCAGUUGAGAACCACUGUUCCAGAUAUUAUAGAUAUGCAUCUUCUCACUGCUGUAGGUUCAGUGUCAUCUCUUGCUUCUCUCUACUUCCCCAUACUAUAAUUUACCCGUUUGUUCUUUUCUCCCUAAACAACACAUCUGAAAUAUUUAUCCUUUCUUUGU